GGUGCGAUCGAACGGAUCGAUGUUGUUUUUCUUCGUUCGUCCUCGUAUCAAGCAACUUUGCGACGAUUCGUCUUCGUUUAGAAAAAAUCUAAAAGUAAAACCUAACGCAAAAUCGAUUACACUGAAUCGAAUUUAUUCGUUCUCGUAAAUUUUUCGUUAACGUCGAAAGUUAAGCUCGUCUACAUUUAUCGCGACGAUAUCUUGAUAAAGAAACAAAGAAAAAAGGAAAAAUAAAGAAGAAAGAAGAAAAAGAAAGGAAAAAGAAACAUUAAAAAAGAAAACACCAGAUGUACAAACGUGGAUUUCAUUCGAGUAUAAAUUUUGUCGUUUCUGUGACUGGGCGAGUCAACCUUUCAGUACACAUAAAUCCUGGUAAAGCGUAUUUUCGUAUUAACGUAUGAUUUUUAUUUUACUUUUGUUAAUCUCUCUUUCUCUUUCUUUUUCUCUUUCGUUUUCUCUUUUCAUCCGUUUUUAGAUAUAUUUUGAUACGUAUUCACUAUUUCCAGUAAUAACGUCCGGACAUUGUGCGUGCGUGUGUGUUUACGUGUACGUGUGUUUAAAAAAUAUUCGUUUCUAAGAAUACGUGUGUAUAUAUAUAUAUAUAUAUAUGUUUACGUGUAUUUAUAAGUGAUCUUGUAUAACUGUGGUUAUAAACUGUGUGUUGUUUUUUUUUUUUCCUUUUAAACCAUUACGAGUGGCUUGUAUACGAGUGUUUUGAGUUCAAGUGCUUCUGCCUACGUAAAACGUCGAUUUUAGAUCUAUCGAUCGAUUACUAACGUUAGACGUAAGGUAAUCGAAUACGUCGAGCUUCCUCUUUGGCUUGUCUGGACGAGAAACAGGAAGAGGAAGAAGAAAAAGAAGAAAACGAAAUAGAAGAAGAAGAAAUAGCUACGGAAUAUCGACAAGUUAGAACUUCGAGAAUACUUAAAAAAAAAGAAAAAAAGGGGACAACAAAAAAGAAGAUCCUUGUGAAAAUGUAACGAGAUAUUAUAAUAAAGUUAAUUAGGAUCAUAAAGAUCCAUUCUUGAUGAAGAUGAGCGAUGAAACGUUUGCAAAAACUUUAAUCGGCGAUAUACCAUAUGCCGACGAUGAUGGUUACACGAUCGAACAAAUACCACGUUCGAGAUUGGUAUCGAGAAUAUCAACGAACGAAAAAGGAAAUGUUAGAAAUUCUCAAAUUUCAUCACGUAACUCAAGGACAAUCAUUUACGACAAGAGAGAGAACACGAGAAACGAUAAUAAUCGAACGACCAAUCAGAAGUACAUUUAUACUGAAAAAAAAGAUAAUGAUCAUCGUUUGAUCGGUAAAAGGAUUGAUAAAUUUCAAAAUCCUUUAAAAAGUCGAUCUAAGCAAUCGCCACCAACACCGAUACCAUCGACACUACCACCACCACCACCACCACCAUCACCACCUCUGCAACAACAACAACAACAACAACCUCAACAACCUCAACAACCUCAACAAAUACAACAACAAAGUGGAUACUCGAGCAGCGAGGAAAGUAUAGUAAGGAAUAAAUCCAAAAGUACUAGUUCGGCGGAUACUCAAUCGGUAAAUAACAUACUCGAUGAGUACGAGGACGAAAGAAUGAUCGAGUCCAGUGAUGUAGGUAGUACAUGCACGAUGAAUAUAAUAAAAUCUCGUAACGUUGAACAUCAAAAGAACAAGAAAGAAAUUCAGCAACCUCAGCAAUAUCACAAUAAUAAUCACAAUAAUGAUAGGAGUAUUCAUCAUCAUCACCAUCAUCAUCAUCAUCAUCAUCGUCAACAACAACAACAGCAACAAAUAAUAAAAAGAACAACGAUUUCGAGCGAAAAUAAUUUUACGUCGUCUCGUCGGAAUGAAAAAGAUGAAACGAUUACGAAAAUAAAUCGACAGGCACAAGGGAGACAGAGAUCACGUGAUAGAGUUAAAGAUCCAACUAGAUACUCCUCAUCGGCCUUGACGUCGUCCUCUUCGUCACGACGAGCGUCUCCAUUGAUUAUCGAUAAUAUCGAUCGUACCAAUUCCGUGACGAUGAUGUCGUCGUCGUCAUCGAGAACAAACGAGGAUGAUUUACCAAGAAAAGGUGAGGUUCAAAGGCGCGUAGACGAAUGGUUGAAUCAAGCCCAAUUACAAAGUUCGAUUAAUAAGCGCGAUAAACCAUUAACCAGAUCAAACAGUACCGCCGAACGACGUACUACCCAAAGAAGAUGUCGUCAAGAUCCAAGAUCAAGGUCUAUCGAUGAGUCAACCGAUCGUGCAAACAAUGGCGGCCCUAGUGGAGCAGCAGGUGUUAGCGUUGCUGGUGGUAGUACGUCGAGUUACGACGAUCUAACGCGAACGAAUAAAGAAUCAUCCGAACCAUCAUCCAUGACUAAUAUUUUAUUUAACAAAGGUACAUACAAAGAUUAUCUUUUGAUAAAGAACAAAAGCAGACAGCAGGAUUAUGGAUUUUUAGCAUCGAACGGAGUCAACAGAAGGGAUAUCAGUCCGAAUACGUCAACUUCUAGAAUACCUCAACGUGGUUCGAGUUUCAAACGUACGACUAUAGAACCGAAGGAUACUAAAUUAUCUAAUUCGAAUUAUACCGAUAACAAUGGAUUAUCAUCCGUGUCGGUUUUAUCUAGAAAGUCGUCCUUCAAGAGAUCUUAUUUAAACGAGUAUCAUAUUGAUCGUAACAACGUUGCAACGUCGGUCGGUGUAUCUUCGUUAAUGAAAAAUAACGACGAGGAUAAUAACGGAGUUCGUUCGAUAAUAGAUGACGAAAGAAGUAGUAAAAGAAUCGACGAAGAUUGGAUCGUGAAAAUAAAGAAAGACGGUGAAAAAGUUAGACUCGAUUGUUCGGUCAAAAAGGAUGAAACGUUCGAUGAAACUUUGCCGAACGUUGUCCAUUCUAAAUCGAAUCACGUGAUGGUUGGUAAAAGGGAUAAUAUUACGAGGAAUGAUUGCGAGGAUAAGGGUAAUCUCGUUAGCGUACAAGUACGUUUACCAUCCUCUCAAGGUCAAAUAGAUUGGAGAAAACUAAAUCCAAGGAAAGCACCGAUACUACCUAGGAAGGACAGUGGUUCUCAUCUAAGGAAUCAAUGCAAUAUUACGUUUAACGAGGCCGCUACGACAAGAUCAUCCACGUUCAAGCCUAACGAUCGUAAUUGCGUGAAAUCUGUUAAAUUAUUGAAAAAGGAUAAUACGUGUGAUAACGUGAAAUAUAUUUUCUCGUCGUCAUCGUCCUCCUCCUCCUCUUUGGUAUCGUCGUCUAAUCACGUAGAAAAGAUUUACGAACGUACUUUGGAACCCCAAGUGAUUUAUGCUGACGAUCUACGUUCGAUCCUUCGGCCAUCUUUACGCAUAUCUGCUUAUGGCGAACGUACGGAUACGUGUGAACUCGAAGAAGAAAAUCUGAGAAAACGACAAAAGGAAGGAAGAAAAGAGGAGGAGGAGGAAGCAGAAGAAGAAGAAGAAGAAAAGGAGGAAGGUGAAGAAGAAAGAGGAGGAGGAGGAGGAGGAGGAGAAAGAGGAGGAGAAAUCGAAGAAGAGAUUUAUAGUAGGAUCGGUGAAACGAGACAGGAGACUCUUGAGACUAUCAUGGAAGACGAUAGAAAAGUUGAAAUUGUUCGGUGUAAUAAAGGAUCGGUGACCUUGGACGAUUGGAAAACUAUAGAUCAGAUUAAUUCGAUCAAUUCCGAUGAGAAAUCGUUGGAUACGAUGAUGUAUCAUCGUUUUUCGAGUAAUACCAAGGUGGAUAAUAAUAAAAUGGAGGACGAGGAUAUGAAAAAUGAUUUGAUAGAGAUGGACGAGGGUAAUUAUGAUCUUGACGAUCGAUUGUUAAUAAUGAAUACCGAGAAAGUUUUUUCUAUUGAUAAUAACGAGGAUGAUUGUUUAAUGAAUAAGUUCAAGGAGGAGGAGGAGGAGGAGGAUGAUACGCAAGAUGUUAGGUCGAUGAUCGAGAACGAUAUGUCGAUCCUAUCUUCGAAGGAAAAUAAUGAGGACAGAUCGAGCGUUAUGGUGGUUAAAGAGAGUCUUCUUAAGAAUUUACAAUUUGAUGCUGGUUUGCCGGCGAAAGUCGAACGUCGAAGCGAGUCGAAGUGCGGCGAUCAACAAGCGAACAGGUCGAAGCGGUUCGACGAUCGAGUAGAACUCGUUGAGAGGGACGAGGGAAAGGGGGAAGAAGAGAAGAAGAAGACCAGAGAAGAAAUGGAACACUCGAGGCUGAUGGAUUUGCUCAGAAAUGGCGACUACGAAGCAGUCAAAUUGGAACUCGAAAGGAGUUCAUCGAGAGAGACAUUGUCAUCGCCAGUUGGAAACAGUCCAGUUUGUUGUCAACCAUGCAGUCCACCUUGCAGUCCACCACCGGCACCAGCUGCAUACAUAUCAAGUGCUCGUGCCUCUUCAAGAAGACUCACUACCGGAAGUGGACUCGGAGGACUUCCAUCUCCGGAAAGAGAUCCUUUUGGAAGAUUACUCAGAUUCUUAAAAACUUUCUACACCGAAUUGGGAAAACGUGAUCCACCACAUAUGCCAGCGUGGGUAUGCCCUUUGCCUCUUGGAAGUCUUUGUCCAGCUCACUUCAAGCCUCACCUGCAGUUGGUUCACAAAAGUGAACAAGAACAUCGUCUUGAAAACAUCAAGCCGGACCAGAUCUUUGCGCCUGUCAGAUUAAGCGAUGGUACCGUAUCAGAAGCGCCUAGAAGAGUUGCCGUUGAAGGUGGUCCAGGAAGUGGUAGGACAACAUUGUGCUUACGUUUACUUUAUCAAUGGGCAAUCCAAGCAGAAGGCCCUGCUUUAGCGUUCAUCGUACCACUUCGAGAACUUCGUGGGAGCCCACUUUUAAAUUAUUUAGCCCGAGAACUUCUACCAAGAACAGCAGCUCUCGGGGAUGCCGUAGCUCAAGUUUGGCGUACGUUACAUCUAAUGGAAGACCGUGUAUUGUUUGUAUUGGACGGUUACGACGAGUGUAUAGGAGGAAGGGCAUCUCUUGGUGAUGCAGCUGAUCUUUUAGAAGGUCGAUUAUUCCCAGAGGCAAGAAUACUCGUUACCUGUUCCCCUAUCAACACAGCAACUUUAUCGCCAUUGGUACAAAGAAGAAUUCACUUGGCUGGUCUAGAAUGGCCACACGUCGAAAGACUCUGCGUUGCAUAUUUUAUUCACAACAAUAUGGCUGGCAGAGCUUGCGAAUUUUUAGAAGCAUUGAACGUUCAACCACAACCCGUCAAACAGUUGGGUCAACAUCCGCUUGGUUGGAUCAUGCUUUGUUGUCUUUACCAAGAUUCAGGAAGUUUACCAACAGAAACGAGCGCGCUUAUGCACGCUGCGGUGAAGUGUAUCGUAAAGAGAAGCCUCGAGCCAGCCAUUCCUUACGAAGAAGAAAUUCCAGGACACUGUAGAAAACGCUUGGAAGAGUUCGGCAAGGUAUCACUAGCUGCUUUAAGGGAAGGAAGGUGUUGCUAUACCGAAGCUGAAAUAAGAGCACGUGGUGGUGGCAUUGAAGUGACCAGGCUAGGCUUUCUUACUAGAGGAUUGACCUUUGGUCAAAGACGUAAACCGGAUCUCUUCACUCCUAUUCACGUUGCCGUGGCCGAGUUCCUUGCAGCUUAUUACCUCACCUCGGUCGCUCAAUACGCGAACAUCCUACGAAGAGAACUCGAGGGUCUACCUUCCGGUAUCAUAGGACAUCUUGCUGGUCUUUUAGGCCCGAAGACGCACCUUAUUCUUAAUCAACUUUGCCCAUUAGAAGUACCACCUAGAUCGGUGUUUUCUUUAUUGAAAGCAGCUGGUGCAUCGGAUGGUAACGUUUCAGCUGUCUGUCGAUUGGUCGGAGCAGGUUCUGGAUUUGGACCAGCCCCUAAUGAAAAACCACCAGCACCUUUGGUACACACUUCACCUUUAGAACUAGAAGGUUGGUCCAAAAUACUUCAAAGCUCGGCUUGUACACUCGAGGCUCUCGAAUUGGUCUUCCAAUUGGAAAGGGGGUUCGACACGAGGUAUCUCGACGAAUUCUUUGACGCUCUAGCUACUAACGAGAGUGUCAAACUCGUUAGGAUUACUUCACUACUUGGACAAGAAUUCCCUGCCGACGAAGCAUUAAGACUAGCUGGACAUUUAAAGAGUGUACUUGGAAAGAAGAAACUUAAUGAUUUCGAGCUUGUCAUCACCUGCCUUGAAGAAUCCGCACAUGAUAAAUUGGAAUGUGUUGUAAACGCUUUAUGUCGCGGCCUAAGUCAUGCUUCUAAUAGCUUGGCACGUUUGGUUCUCGACAUGAAUCUGUCCGGCGAACAAGUAUCACGGAUCUGCGAAGCACUUCGUGGCUGCGUUCAAGUACAGGCACUGCACUUGCCCCAUUUGGGUUGUGGCUCAGAGGGUCUUGCCUCCGUUGCUGAAUUGCUCAAGGAGAGACCCCUUCUUGCUCUCAAUCUAGCCGGAAGUUGGGGCUCUAAGAACGAAGAUCCUUCUAGUUCAGGGAUCAGUAUGGGUUCAGGUUCCGGAUCUGGUAGUAGUGGAUACGCCUCAAGCAUCCUCGGCACACUUCCCUUAAAUCGUUGCUACUCUUCUUUACCGCGUGGUGCUUUGGCAGCUUAUGGAAGUUUAACCAGGCCAGCAACCUUACCAAGAUUACCUUUUGGAUUGGGUCUCGGCCUUGGUCUUAGUCCAACGACCGCUCAUGGACAUGGACAUAGUACUGGUAGUACUACUGGACCUACCGGUUCUACUACUACUGCUGCUACUUCAACAGGAAACGAAAAUGGCACUGCUACCGGAAACGGACCUUUGCCACAAAACGAUAGUAACGGCAGUAGCAAGCGAAAUAGUGACAGUGUACUUUGUCAUCGACCACCUCUUAUGCAUCCUUUACCAACCUGUGAUGUCAGCAGUCAUCAGGGUACCGGAUUUCAUGAGAUCUUCAAUGCUAUUAGAGAGCCAAGCUGUAAGCUGAGAUCAUUGAACGUGUCCAAGUGUCUUUUGGGUGGUUUAGAUGCUGGCUGUUUAGGAGAAACGAUAAGAAAAGCACGACACUUAGAUGCUCUUAGAGCUGCCGGUGCUUCGAAACCAGCUGAUGUGAUGCCUCUCGUCCUGGCCUUGACAGAGGCACCUUGUCUUCAACUUCUGGAUCUAGCUAGUCCAAGACUAGCCCUUGAUGAUCAUCCAUCUAGACUUCUCUGCCAAGCACUAGCUAGGAAUACAACUUUAAAGCUUCUCAGUCUUGAGGGUUGGACCUUCAGAAUAGAAGAAUCCGAAACUCUAGCGGUAUUCUCAGAGUUACUGAGGUAUACGAACGUGAGGGAAUUGAGUCUAUGUAAUGCUCGCCUCCACCUGGCAGUCCACGAAGGUCCUCUUGCGAGAUUAGGACGUCGUGACGAUGCUGGUGCCGAGUUACUACGAGCUGCACCCCCUCCAGCUUGUCCUGCUAUCGUCUUUCUCAGACUGGCUGGAUUCCAGGUGACGGUAAACGAUCGAUUGGCAUUACGCGGACCUCUAUUACUUCCAUUCUUAGCAGGUUUCACCGGUUUAAGCGAGCUAGAUCUAUCAUUAGACAAAUCAGCCAUAGGAGGUAGCAGCGGAUCCUUAUUGUUCAUAGACGACAAAAUACUCCAACAAUUUUUUGCUUGUCUCUCUUCGCACUUUCGCAAUCUACAAUCGCUACGAAUCAGUUUUUGGCGUAUCAGUUUAGAGGAUAGCGAGAGGACAAUGCGUCAAAUAGCAAAACAUUUAAAAGUUUGUAAUUUGAGUUUUCUUAAAAUGAAUGGGUUAAUUGUCACUGACAGCGCCAAGAAAAUACAAAUGGAACAUGUUUUUCUUCAAACGAUUAUUAUGAAUCUUCAGUAUCUUACUUGGCUUUGUUUAGAUGGUAUCGAAUUGACAGAGAAACAAGCAUCGAGUAUUGGUAAAUGUACGAGAGAUCGUUAUACAGGCAGCUGUUUUGAGAUUAGUGCUAAGGAUGUUAACGUGAAAUCAGUCAAAGCUUUGGUAGCAGCCAUUGAAGAAGGUGGUAGAGCUGAGGUUGUCUAUACCGGUGGUUCCAAUUGUCGAUUAAAAAUUACCAUGUUACAGAAGAGCGGUAAGAACAAAAAAAAAUGAAUUCAAUAAUUCUAAAGGAACAAAUCUGAAGAAAAAAUAAAUAUAUACCAGGUUGAAUCCUGUCAAAGCGAAUGUUCCUAGCGAGGCAUAUUAAAGAAAGAAAGCUACUAUUAGUGAGAAUAGGAGAAAGUUAAAAACAAGUUGAUGAAGAAUAAGAAAAGAGAUAUGUAUAUUGGUUUUUAGGUUUCUUUUCAAGAGUAAAACCUUUUUCAGCGAACAGUUUAAAUUUUCAUUUUUAAAGAUGGAUAAUACACAGGAAAUAAAAAUUGGGACCAGGAUCUCCCGGUCCUCUGUAGAAUGAAUGCUUAUAAAUUAAAACGUUUAUA